ACUGAAUCUUGGCUGGCAAGAGACUGGACGAACCAUGAACCACACCUCUACGGUUGACGCUGACACUGCCUUCGGGCCGCAGCUGGCUGGCCAAUUCGACUUUACUCUUUUGUUCGAGCAGUGUAUCCUGUCAAUUGGGCCAUCGGCGGUGCUCCUUCUGGCCUCAUCGGCGCGCAUCGCGUUCUUGACCAAGCGUGCAGCUAUCUUCCAUACUAGCCGCCUGUUAUGGGCCAAGCUCGUAAACACACCCGUCUACGUGUCGCCGGCCACAGUUCGUACACGUUGCUAAUCUCACCAAGGCCGCUCUAUGUAUUCUUUUCGUCCUGCAGCUAGCCAUCUUGGCCCUGUGGAGCACCACCUCAUCCUCUGUCAACACUCACGUGGCUGUCGCUGCCGCGUCCCUCUCCGCUCUUGAUGACUUGGCCAUUGGCGGCUUGCUGUUUGCUGAGCAUCGGUACUCCUAUUCUCCUUCCAUGCUUCUGAGUCUAUACUUCUCAGUCACCAUUCUCCUCGACAUUGCCAAUGUACGCUCGCUUUUUCUCCGGCAGGGCCUCGAUGCCGUCGGAGCCGUCAGCGCCGCGGCGUUGGCGUUCAAGAUCCUCAUGCUUGCCCUUGAAGAAGUUUCCAAGCAAAGUCCAGCUACAUCGAAAGUGUCUCAAGAAUUGUCUAGCGGGUUCUGGAACCGAUCCGUCUUUUGGUGGCUACGGUCGACCUUUCACCAGGGCUUUACGGCGUUCCUCCAGGUGGACGAUUUGCCCACGCUAGACCGGGGGCUAGACACGGCAAGAUUAGGUGCGAAGUUAGAGAAAUCAUGGCAUUCGGCUGACAAGGCUGGCAAAUACUGUCUUGCGGUAGCCACGUGGAACGCGUUCAAGACCACGUUUUGGAGCGCCGUGCUCCCGAGACUUUGUUUCACUGGCUUCAGCUUUGCGCAACCAUUCCUGAUCAACACGAUCAUAGACUUCAUAGGCUCUCCCAGGCCGGAGCAUUCCCGUGGCAUCAUAGGGGGGCUUAUUGGGGCAUCGGCUUUGGUGUAUUUCGGUAUUGCAUUCUCACGAUGCCACUACAUGCACCACACUUAUCGCCUAAUCACGGCGGUUCGCGGGGGUAUGGUGACGCUAAUAUUCGCCAAGGUCUUGGAUUUGGAUGUUGCCACGGCCAACGAGUCCGCAGCGGUCACACUGAUGAGUACCGACAUCGACGGAAUUGCUGCCGGGCUGCAAAAGAUCCACGAUAUUUGGGCUAGCACCAUUGAAAUGGGGUUGGGCAUCUAUCUCUUACAGCGACAAGUCGGCGCGGCCUGCUUCUUGAUCCUGAUCCCCGGCGUCCUGUCCAGUUUCGCGACUGCUAGAGUUGCCCGUGGCAUGGGCCCAGCCAGAGCUCUCUGGAAUUCGAAGGUGCAGGAGCGUGUCAUAACUACGUCGGCCACUCUCAGCCAGAUCAAGGGCAUCAAAAUGAUGGGACUCUCCGAUCGUGUCUCGACGCUGAUUCAGUCGCUUCGGGUUGUAGAACUGGAUUCUUCCAAGGCGUUUCGUUUGUUCUUCGUUUGGAUGAACAUGAUAGCCAAUUUGUCUGACCAAUUGACGCCAAUUGUCAUCAUUGCCGCAGCUGUCUUCUGGACCAAAGGUGGCCAAGGUCUGAGCAUUGCAGAAGCUUUCACGUCACUCUCGAUUGUUACCCUUGUCUCAACCCCUAUUGUCAAUAUUAUUGCAGCUUAUCCUACCUUCGUUGCUGGUCUCGCGUGCUUUGGGCGUAUCCAAGCUUUUAUGCUCGGCACCCAGAGGAUCGAGUAUCGGUCCCUGCCGCCUUCGUCAGAGGCCAGCACGCUCAAGGCAGAUACUCAUGGCGACGAUGUCGAAUUAAGCGUGGUACAACGGGGGGAUACGGUGUGCGACUGGGCAUCAUCAUCAGAAGCAGCACCAGCCAUUCAGAUACAGAAGGCCUCUUUCACCUUGAAAAAUAGCGAAGACGCCAUCCUCAACAACAUAAAUAUGACCUUCUGGCCAUCCAAGCUCAUGAUGAUCGUCGGCCCAGUCGGCUCAGGCAAAUCGACACUUCUCAAAGCUAUACUGGGCGAAGCACGACUGCUGAGCGGCCAUGUUCGCCUUGUCAGCGGCUCAGUUGCAUACUGCGACCAGACAGCAUGGUUGAGGUUGGGCUCCGUGCGUGACAAUAUCGUGGGACCGAAUACGUUUGACAAAAAGUGGUAUGCAACGGUUCUUCGUGCGUGUGCCUUGGAAAAGGACAUGACACAACUUCAAGAUGCGGAUAUGACCUCUGUUGGAAGCGGCGGGAACGCCCUCAGCGGAGGCCAGAAGCAGAGAGUGAGCCUGGCACGAGCUGUCUACUCUCGCUCCCCGAUCAUGCUGCUCGAUAACGUCUUUAGCGCUCUCGAUCAGCAGACGUCCCGCGACGUCUUCGCUCGCCUGUUGGGGCCCGAUGGUCUACUCCGAAAAGAGGGAACAACUGUGGUAAUGGCCACGCACGCAUUGGAGUACUUGUCGUCGGCGGACACGGUUGUCGCCCUUGAUCAGAAAGGCUCAAUAGUCAAGCAAUUGGCUUCCCGCGACAUGUACCUUAGUAAAGAAUAUGUGGAGGCCCUAAAACAAGAUGGUGAGGGAACAGAGACCGAUAAUAUAGGGGAGACAUCUUCAAGGGACGGGACAUCCAGAAAGGCCUCCGCCAAGCAGCCAUCCACCCCGGAACUGAUAAAAAAGGUCGGAGACCUGAGCUUGUACAAGUUUUACUUGCAAUCCUGUGGUGUUUUUAUUUUUAUCAUUUGGCUGGUUCUCGCCGCAGGAUACAUCUUUUCUGGAAAGUUGCCACAAAUUUGGUUGAGGAUUUGGACCGAGCAUGGGACUACGAAUCACCCCGACGCCUACUUUGGAGGCUACUUGGCCUUUGGCUUGAUCUGCACGCUCUUCUCGGGGGCUUGUGUAUACUUCUUCAUGAUUGUCGCUGUACCAAAAUCGGCACAGCAUCUCCACUGGCUUCUACUUCAGGCCGUCCUAGCAGCGCCUCUGUGGUUCUUCACAUCGACCGAUACUAGCAGUGUUCUGAACCGAUUCAGCCAAGACAUGACGCUGGUGGACCAGGUCCUUCCCAUGUCUGUCUUCACAACAACCUUCGACGUGUACAAUGUUAUUGCAGGUGCAGCGUUGAUUGCAUCUGGUGCAACUUACGUCGCUGCCAUUAUCCCCGUUUGUGUCGUGGCCAUUUACUUUAUCCAGAAAUUCUACCUUCGCACCUCGCGUCAAAUGCGACACCUAGAUCUGGAGGCCAAGUCGCCGCUAUACCGUCUCUUCACCGAGACAGCCACUGGCAUCAUUACCGUGCGCGCCUUUGGGUGGAAGAGGGACAUGGCCGAAGACAAUCUACGGCUUCUUGAAGAAUCCCAAAAGCCAUAUUACACGAUGUACUGCAUCCAGCGCUGGCUGAAUGUUGUUCUCGACAUCUUGGUGGCGGCCAUCGCUAUCGCCCUCGUCGGCUUUGCACUGGGCUUCUCCAACACUGCUACUAAGGGCUCCAUUGGACUGGCCCUAGUCAACGUGAUGGAGUUUAACCAGAGCCUUUCGAUGCUCAUCAACUCCUGGACAGGUCUAGAGACGUCGCUAGGCGCCAUCGCGCGGCUUAAGAGUUUCAUCGCCGAGACCAAGACGGAAGGUUUGGGAAUUGAAGAUAAAUUGCCGCCCACCGACUGGCCUCGGCGGGGCGCAAUCCAAUUGAGGCAUGUCACGGCCAAGUAUAAUGCUGAAGACGCUCAAUCUCAGCCUGCUAUCCGGAACGUGGACUUGAAUAUCCUUGCAGGCCAAAGGGUAGCCAUCAUCGGCCGCACUGGGAGCGGCAAGUCGUCUCUCCUUCUGACGUUGUUGCACUUGCUCGAUGUGGAGACGGGCCAAAUCACAAUUGACGGCCUGGACUUGUCGCGCAUUCCCCGGCAGGCGCUUCGUUCGACCAUUGUGGCGAUCCCUCAAGACGCCGUCGAGCUUCCAGGCUCAGUGCGCGAGAACCUCACCUGGUUCGACGCGGGAGCGGCUUCCGAGAGCAGUAGUGUCAUGGACAAGGCCAUGCAGCAGGCGCUGAGCCGUGUCGGCCUCUGGGACAUGGUGAGCCAGCGGGGUGGGCUGGGAAGCAACCUGAACGACGUGGGCCUCUCAGCCGGACAGAAGCAGCUGUUCUCUCUGGCGCGGGCCCUGCUAGAGGUGCGGAAGAGGAAGUGUUCCGGUAGUGGUGGGGGUGGCAUCGUCCUGAUGGAUGAGCCGACGAGCAGCGUGGACCAGGAGACUGACGCAAAAGUUCGCAGCAUUGUAGCGGAGGAGUUUGGAGGCUACACUAUCCUUAUUGCGAGUCAUAGGUUGGACGCGACGAGGGAUGCAGAUGUGGUAGUUCAGGUAGAGGGCGGCAGUGUGGUGCAGGUAGUUGCACAAUGA